AUGGAAACGGCGGUGCUUGGGAUGGUGGCCGUACUGUUUGUGGUCACCGUGGCCAUCGCCUGCGUCCUCUGUUGCUUCAGCUGUGACCCGAAGACCCAGGAUCCUCAGGGAGCCCCUGGCCCCAGCUUCACUGUGGCAACAUUUCGCCAGGAGACGUCCCUCUUCUCGAUUGGGGGCCACCAUACCCAGCCAGCAAGGGGCACCCGCGAGUUCUGGACCUUUGUAUGAGACCUAGCCCU